AUCUUCUCCUGCCAGACCACGCAGGCGCCACUCUAGCUUCCGGAGAGUAGUGAUGACGGUGCCCUCUCCAGUAAAAGGUCCUGCAAGAUAAGAAUUCUAUGUUAUUAGCGUCGCAGAUUUAGAAAACAAACGGGAGGAGGCGAGUCCGCUUGUUUAUGUAUAUUGUAAUAUCACAGCAUAAGCGUGGACUGCAACGUGGGCUUAUUUGAAGCUUUACAUAAUUUUUUUUAAGUGAGCUACCAGGACUUACUGGUUGAUGAGGUGAAGAAAGGUCGACGAGAACUACAGACAGUGCAGGCAUGCAGCUCGUGGAAUCAGGGCGAGCCCUUCUCCGCACUGUGCGCGUGGCUGCGCGAAACGCCCUCUUCCUCCGACUCCAUGGUCAUUCUGCUACAUUGAGAUGCCAGCGCUUUAGUUCAGAAAGUAAAGGAGAGAAAAACAGUCAAGUGACUCCAAUGAUGAAACAUCUUGUGAUGAAAAUAAAGUCAACUGGUCCUAUUACAGUUGCUGAAUAUAUGCGAGAAGUUUUGACAAAUCCUGUGAAGGGCUACUACAUGCAUCAUGACAUGCUAGGAGAAAAGGGAGAUUUUGUUACUUCACCUGAAAUAAGUCAGAUCUUUGGGGAGUUAAUAGGUGUUUGGUUUGUCAGUGAAUGGAUGGCUGCUGGCAAGCCAAAAAAAAUGCAGCUGGUGGAAUUGGGCCCAGGCAGAGGUAGUCUUACUAGUGAUAUUUUGCGGGUUUUUAAUCAGUUGAGCUCUAUACUUACUAAAUGUGAUAUCUCUGUUCAUUUGGUGGAAGUCAGUCCCAAAUUAAGUAAGAUUCAAGCAUCAGUGCUCACAGAAGGAAGGACAGAAUUACCAGAGAACCCUUCUGCCUGUAUGCAAGGGAUUACUAAAACUGGACUGCCAAUUUUUUGGUACCAAGAUUUGAAUGAUGUGCCAGUAGGUAACAGUUUUUAUUUAGCACAUGAAUUCCUUGAUGCUCUACCUAUACACAAAUUUCAGAAAACAGAAAAGGGAUGGCGUGAGUUGUUGGUUGAUAUUGAUCCAGACACUCCUGACAAGUUGCAAUUUGUUCUUGCACCAUCUGCCACUCCUGCUACAAAAGCCUUCAUAUAUGAUAAAGAAUCCAGGGAUCAUUUGGAAGUGUGUCCCGAAGCUGGUAUCAUCAUCCAGAAGCUGGCCCAUAAUAUUGAAAAAAAUGGAGGAGCUGCACUGAUUAUAGAUUAUGGCCACGAUGGAACCAAAACAGAUACUUUUAGGGGGUUCUGUGGGCAUAAACUUCACAAUGUGUUAAUAUCGCCAGGAGCAGCAGACCUCACAGCAGACGUUGACUUCAGUUACCUGCAAAAAAUGGCACAGGAAAGAGUAGCCACCUUGGGUCCCAUAAAGCAACAGGAUUUUUUGAAAAACAUGGGCAUUGAUGUCAGACUGCAGGUACUAUUGAAAAGUGUUAAUGAUGCAGCCAUUCACAGUCAGCUGCUUCGAAGUUAUGAAAUGCUCAUGGACCUUGAUAAAAUGGGAGGACGUUUCCACUUUUUUGCCCUGUUGCCUCACUACAGAUUUACAGCUUCAGACCAGCUAACAAAGCCAAAUGACUCAACAUCACUUUCAGUACCAAUUGCUGGCUUUGGUGAACUCUCAUGGAAGUGAACCCAAAAUGUGAAUGUUCUGUAUUACGUUUGAAGGGCUCAUAAAAUAAUGUGACUGAUUGUGUCAAAUAUCUAAGAAUUCAGUCACUAUAUACCAUUUAACAUGCAGCUGGUCCUGAAAAUUAUGGUUUCAGUAAAACUAAAAGCUGACAGUAACCCUGGAGAAAAUACACAACACAUUCUAGAUGGAGAAAAAGUAUAUUUGACCUUAUUCUAUUCAUCUAUUUUCUUGUAAAAGUGUUUAUAUUAAGGAUCUCACUUUUUUGUCCCUAAGUGAGGGCUUAUAAGUUUGUGUAACGUAUUUUUAAGUUGUCAUUAAACCUUGAGAUAAUAUAUCAUUCUGCAGAUGACGGGUACAUGGCUCAGUCACCUACUAGGCGCAUGGGAACGGAGUACAGCGUCAGGGAGAAGAGCAUAUUGUCAUUUGUAAAUGGUAGACCUCCCUCCUGAUUUGGUGCAGUGUGUGCUUCUAAUUUGUAAAAUGGUUUCAGUGGAAUAACAAAUGCAAUUAUAAGAACAGUGGAUAUACA